AAUUAGCGUGCAGACUUAUUUAGGGCCAAAUUUGCAGUCGUUGAAAACUGGAAGCUUUUUGAGCGGACUCAGAAGUGCAGCAAUCUCCAACAAUGGCGCAACCUGAGAAUCCUGUCGUCCUGGACCAGACGUUGAAGCCCUUUUACCAGAGGGCCUCCGAAGCCGAGGACCGCUUAACAAGACUUGAAGCUGCCCUUGCUAGUAACAAAGAUUCUGGAAAUAAGGAUCAUUCAAAGUUGAUCAGUGAACUCCAAGAAGAGAACAAGAAGCUCGCUGCAGAGAAUGCAAAGCUCCAGUACCGCAUAAACCACCUUGUUCAGGCAGUCAGAGAUACUGAUGUCAAGUUAGAGAAAAAGUGAGUAUAUUGAUUGUGGAAUUAAAAACUAGAGUGGUGUGUCUAUUAAAAAAGUAAUGGGGGAUUUUCUGAACGAUUACAUAUGGCAAGAAAAGAAAAAUAUAUGAAUUUGUACUUUUGAACUCGGAGACAUCCGUAAUACUUUUCUCUUGGGACACACAAUUGAUUGAUUAAGAUAUUCAGAUACUGCAGUUGCCUACAUCUGAUCACCUGUGGUGUAAUGGAUGUAUAUUCUUGUUAGCAUCAUUUUUAUGGUGUAAAAUAAUGGGAUUGUUUAAAAUAUUUACUUGUAUUUUGUGUGCAUCUGUGGUGCAAAGAGUUCGUAUGUAUGCAAGGCAUGCUAGGAGUCAAGAACAUAAUGAUGUUCUGCAUAGAAGCUGCACUUUUGAGAUAAAAUCUUCUGAAGAAGUCAAUUGGACAGGGUUUGAUACAGUUUAGUUUGGACAUUUUUCUUUUCUUUAUUGACAGUAGUACCAAAAUGUCUCAACAUUGAUCCUUCUUUUAAUUCUUUUAGAUGGUUUUGAUUAUCAAGUUAAUUUGUGAUUUCGCAAGUAACUGCUGAUGCAGGAGUAAUAGCUAUCUACAUAUCAACACGAGAUCAUAGAACUAGUACCUUUUCUUUUGUUUGGCCUGAGCUGUUAAAAUGGUUUUUAGUAUUUUUGGUGCUUGCAUAGAGAUAAAUUCUUUAGGGUGAGGCUUUUAUAGCUAAGAUCCUUAAGUGUGAUACAAAAGAUUAGUAACCAAAAAGAAAAAUGGUGUUAGCAACUCUACUGUAGAAUUAGAGGGAUAAAGUAACUAGCGAAUCAAGAAAAGUAAGAAAUAAGAAAUAUAUGGGAGCAGGGAGCCUAGAUGCCAGGUUGCUUACAAUGGCCUUGAUGCAAUAAUUUGUUCUCAAGUAACUUUUGCAGGUCUUAAUUAAUUUAUUCACAAGCAAAGUGAUUCCAUAUACGUGGUCAUCCCUUCUCAAUUCUCUUUCUUGUUCCAAACCCUACCGUUGAAACAUACCUGAGAAGCUAAUUCAUCUGAGACCAUUCCAAGAGCACUGAAUUACCAGAGACCAACGUGCCUUCCAGUUUCAGUUCGAACCUGUGAGCAGAAAUCUGCAACAGGCAACUCAGUACGUUCAAGUGGCAUGGAUACUGAUGUAUUCAUAGCCGCACGACAGGGCAAUAUCGAUGCCCUUAGACAACACGGAGAGCAUCUUCACCAAAUGUCUACUCCAAGAAAAGGACUCCUAUUGUGAUCCCCAAAUAAACAGAGACUCUGCUACAACAUUAAUUUCAUUAGUGAAAAUGCUCUAUAUAAUGUACCCGUUGUUCCUCUCUUCACAGGCCAUUUCAACGAUUCCAAUUUUCUGAUGCUUGCAAUCAAAAGCUCACAUGCAGUGAGUACACUGCACUCUUGGCGGCCAUAUCAACUUAAAUUUACCAAAGAAGGAGAGAAGUAUAGAGCACAUGGAUCCUUCCAAUUCGCCCACAUGGCCACAUCUGAGAGUUUAUAAUCAAGCAUCGGCUCCAGUUGGUGAUGAUGAGGCUGCGAAAGCCGAAACCAACGUGCCUUCCAAGUUCUGGUUCGAAGAAUGAAGCUGCAGCAAUUAGCAACACAGGUUUAGGUGGCAUGGAUCCAGAGAUAUUCGCAGCAGCAGCCGAAGGAAAUAUUAAAGCCCUUUCAACACAUGGGGAGCUUCUGCAUGAAAUACUCACUCCAACCAAAAACACUGUCCUACAUAUUUAUGUAGCACAUGCAAGCUACCCAACCUCAACAAAACUCGGAAAGUUUGACAUCUCCAGAUAUGACCUCCCUGGUCGAUCUACUUGCUGAUUUGCUCAUUAAAAAGCUAAUGCCAUACAUAUGGGACACAGAAAACACAGUUAGGCCAACUACCUUAACUGCAUCCCAAGUACAGAGGUCAAAGGAGAUUGUCACUCAGUUGCUUGAAGUGUGUCCAGAGCUACUUUUGCAGCCCAACAAUAAUGGCGACAUUGCACUACACAUUGCGGCCAGAUAUGGGCUUGAUGGUAUAGUUGAAGUUCUUAUUGGGGCAGCAAAAGCUCGUCAUGGCGAUGUUGAGAAACAGGUUGAAGAAGCUUGGCAAAUGUUGAGGACACCCAACAAGGAGGAAGACACAGCCCUACACGAGGCAGCGCGCUUUAAUCACCUCGGUGUGGUGAAGAGAUUGUGCAGAGAAUACCCUGAUUUCUCCUACUCGGCUAAUGUUGCUGGAAAGACUCCAAUUUACUUGGCUGCUGAAAGGGGAUAUCGAGACCUGGUUUCUGAAAUACUGGAUUCUUGUACUUAUCCAGGUUACCAAGGCCCUAGUGGUAAAACAGCUUUACAUGCUAGCUGCAGUGAUCUUCAGUAUGACAAGAAGACAGCUCUUCACAUUGCAGCUUCCAAAGGCCAUGAAGGCGUACUGACAGAGCUUAUAUAUCGUUGCCCUGAUUGUUGUGAAGUAGUCGACCAAAGCCAGCGGAAUAUCCUUCAUUAUGCCAUUGAGAACAGGAAAUUUGAAAUAGCUAAGGUUGUUCAAAACCAUCCAUGGAUGAGCAACAUCCUUCUAAAUGGUAAAGAUGUUGCCGGAAACACACCCCUCCAUCGACUAGUCAACAUACGCCUCCAAACAGCUACUGAAUCUUUAUUUCGCUAUGGAAAAGCUCCUACUCGGUUGAGUCGGUUCAUUCAUGAUGCUAGAGUGGAUAAGAUGGCUUUGAACAAGGAAGACCUAAAUGCUAUUGACAUCAUUCUUGAUGAUGACCAUACUUUAUCGGAAGUGGAGAGGCUUUGGAAGACGUACAGUGGUGCUAGACCAAGUCAUCCGAUCAACGAUGGUGUGAGGCUAGUCGAGAAUAACAAAGUUGGGAAAGAUACUGAAAAGGAAGCGAUAGGUGUUCUUUUGGUAGUGGCCACACUCAUAGCAACAGUAACAUUCGCAGCAGGUUUCACUGUACCCGGUGGUUACCAAAGUGAGAAAGGACCUGAGCAGGGUUCUGCUAUUUUAACAAGAAAUGCAGCUUUCAAAGCAUUUGUUCUAACAAAUACAAUAGCCAUGAUUAUCUCCAGCAGCACUGUGUUAGCUUACCUUAUUGUCUCCUUACGAGUAGCUUUCCGGAAAAUAAUUGGUUUGCCAUAUCUGGAGAAUAAAGCAGUUUCAAUGUUGUGUGCCAUGCUUGCAAUGGUAAUUGCAUUCAUUACCGGCACAUAUGCAGUGUUAGGUACUUCUUCAGUACUUGCCAUUGUUGUUUGUGUGGUCGGCUUCAGUUUUUUUCUUGGAUGUUCUAUUUGGAAUUGUAGAGGGUCGUGAUAUUCGCUCUCCCCGCUUUAC